AUGACGUCCACCAUCCCGGCGCAAACAUCGGCGCAAGCCCUCCAGGACUACACCUUUCCACGGAGCCGUCUUCGCCUCACCCAACAACACCAAAACAAGACACCCCUAGUGCUCAUUGCUUGCGGCUCUUUCUCGCCCAUCACAUACCUACACAUGCGCAUGUUCGAGCUGGGAGCCGACUUUGCCAAGUUCAACUCGGACUUUGAGAUAAUGGGAGGGUACUUUUCGCCAGUCGGAGACGCGUAUAAGAAGGCCGGCCUAGCAAGCGCCCAUCAUCGGCUGGCAAUGUGUAACUUAGCUGCCAACCAGUCAUCGUGGCUCAUGGUAGAUCCUUGGGAGGCCGUGCAGAAAGAAUACGUGCCGACCGCUCAAGUGCUCGAUCAUUUCGAAUAUGAGAUCAAUGAAGUGCUGGGAGGUGUGGAGAAGCCGGAUGGAACACGAGUGAAGUGUCGGAUUCUCUUGCUGGCGGGAGCUGACUUGAUUCAGACUAUGUCAACUCCUGGCGUCUGGUCUGACAAGGAUCUGGACCAUAUUUUGGGCCGAUAUGGAGCAUUCGUGGUGGAGAGAACAGGAACAGAUAUCGACGAAGCGCUGACUAACCUUCAACCUUGGAAAGAUAACAUCUACGUUAUUGCACAAUUGAUACAGAAUGACAUAUCGAGCACAAAAAUCAGACUGUUCCUGCGGAGGGAAAUGAGUGUCCAGUACUUGAUCCCCGCACCGGUGAUUAACUACAUCGAAGAGAAUGGCCUGUACGAAGACGAUAGUACUGAUUCGAAAAUGAAGGCAAAGGAGCAUAUUUCUGGAAAGUCUGACUCGAGGCUUGGAAUUACACCAGGAGAAGUCGACGAGGAUAUUUGCAUGUGCCUGUGUGUCUCCCCUGACCGCGAAGAACGUGCCCUUGUUGGUAUAGGAGUAUGGAGCUCCAGGAUCAUCUCCACAUUGAAGCUCCUCCCCCGCGACGAGGACCCCACCAACAUCAAAAUGACCAGAAAAGCUCUCAUCACCGGCGCAACAGGUCUGCUAGGCAGGCAGGUAGUCAAAGCCUUCGAGCGCGGCGGCUGGGACGUUAAAGGCACAGGCUUCACUCGCGCGAACCCUCCCACGAUCUUGAAGCUCGAUCUGGGCUCCGAGGCAGAUGUCUCCGCUGCUAUCCAGGAACUCAAACCGCAAGUCGUAGUCCACUGCGCUGCCAACCGCUUCCCAGAUAAAUGCGACAGCGACCCUGUGGGCACACGAGCCCUGAACGUCGAAGCCUCAGCCUCCCUCGCCCGCCUAUGCGCCGCCUCCUCUACCCUCCUCAUCUAUAUCUCGACGGACUACGUGUUCCCCGGCCUGGAGGGCGACGCGCCGUACGAAGCUACGAGCACACCCAGCCCACCGAACUCGUACGGGCUGACGAAAUGGGACGGCGAGAAGGCUGUGCUGGCUGAGUAUGAGAAAGCUGGCAAGCAAGGCUGGGGCGUUGUGCUGAGGGUGCCAGUGCUGUAUGGAAAUGCUGGCACGCCGGCGGAGAGUGCUGUCAAUGUCCUGAUGGAUGCUGUUUACAAGGCGCAGGAGAAGGGUCAGGGUGUCAAGAUGGAUCACUGGGCUAUCAGAUAUCCUACCAAUACGGAGGAUGUUGGUCGGGUUCUACAAGAUGUAGCGACCCAUUACCUCUCCACAGACGAUAAGUCCUCCCUGCCCACCAUCCUCCAGUUCUCCUCCGAGGAUAAAAUGACCAAAUACGAGAUCUGCGAGAUCUUUGCGGAGAUUAUGGGCCUGCCGCUCGAUGGCAUGGUUGCAAAUACCGAGGGCAAUGAUCCGAAUGCGAGUGUCAAGCGGCCGUAUGACUGCCAUCUUUCGACCAAGGUGCUGAAAGAGUUGGGGAUCAACGUUGCGACACAGGAUUUCACGGCUUGGUGGAGACGUGAGGCUAGGGCGUAUAGGAAGUAA